UUAACGCUCGGACUUGCAAUUGAUCUCAAGAUAAGGUCGAAGAUGGAAGGGAAAUAUUUUCCUAGUUUGGUGCCUCAUCCUCCGACCAAACCUCGACCUCUAAAUCUCUGGUGCAAACUCCCUAAAAUCAGAAAAUGCAUUGUGAAUGAACAGAGGGGCUUCUACUCGGAAGACAUCACACCCUUCCUGUUUAUUGAUCAGUUCUGUACAGCGGGACCCGAGAUCCAGCAGAGGUCACAGAGUCCUUCCGUCUUUGAGUUCAGUGAUUGCAAUGCGACAAAAGCUAUAACCUUCAAGACUCCAGAUGACAAGCGCAAACCCGUUGAAAACUACAACCAUGGACCUAUCUACCAGCAAUCACAAAAAUCACACUUCUGCCUGGGUGGGGUUUCACAAAAGGUCCAGCUACCCUACCGAACCGUUUGCGGCCAGAUCCCCCGCAAGUUAGCGAUAGAGAGACGUCGAAGGGAAUAUUUAAAGUUUGACUUUGAACAGCUCCUGUCAGAAAAAGGCAUUGAUUCUAAUCUCCUAAUUCCGAGACAUAAGAGCAAUGGUGAUGAGCAUGUGACUACAACAGACAGGCCUGCAUCCCCCUACCUCCCACUGGAGGUGUUUGACAAUAAGGAGUAUGACUGCCGGGCCCCAGAAGACUGGCUUGCCCUGGUCAAUGCUGAACGAUCACCUGAUCUCAAUUCUGUUCCUGCAAAAGCCCUGCUGCCUCCAGAUGACGAGAUUGACUCCGUGGAUCCAAAAAGCUCCUCCCUGGGGUACAGAUGGCAUGUGGUUGAGGUUCUUGACUAUAGUAAGGAUAAAUGCCAGUACCUGGUACAGAAAGUUCACCAAAACAGCAAACAGACAGAUGAAGAAGGAAUUCACACUCUAAAUGAAGAACACAAAGAGAGAAAAUCUCCUGAAGUAAACGUUCUGAUAGCGGGCACUAACUUCUGGGUUCCCAGGAUCAGAUUGAUGUUCACUGCUGAGGACCCCCAAGUCUUUGUGGAACGGAUCCAGUUUGCUCUGCGCUUGCGGGAGAACACAGAAGCGUUGCUUCUCUACCACUUGUCCAUGGACUGCAUGCCGUUAUGCAGUAAAACACCAUCGAUUGAUACCCAGAGUCUCCAGCGUAUCAAAAGAUUUGCCCUCUCAACACCUGGGCUCUUGCUGGAAAUUCUGGAGACGUGUACAGAGUGUCUGGAGAAGGAGGUCAAACUGGAUUAUGAGUGUACGAUGAACCGCAUGCUCUUUGACAAACUAGUGAUGAGCCACCCACAGGAGUUUUCACACAUCACCCUGCCACACAAGGAUCCUGAGUAUGUACUGCAAGAAGGGUGCGUUCCAGUUCCUCCCUUUCCCUAUAAGAAGAACAAAGAGACUUUUUUCUUCUUCUCCCAUCUAACAAAGCAAGAGGUGGUCUCUGUGUUAUCUGACGUAUGGUCAGAGUGCAACAAAGUAGAAAAUAUGAGGCUGUUCAAUGUCGCCUCACUCAAACCACUACAACUGGACGAGUUUGAAAACAUCCAAUCUCAAAUGCAUAACCAGAUCAGCUUGUUUCUCAAGAAGUCGUGGAUUUCCACGGUAAGCAACGCCAUCCGUUCCAAGCUGGUUUUCUGUGGCAAGGGCGCGUACAACGUGAACGAGUCCCGCUGGGAUAUCUACAAGUUUUCCAAGCUGUACAGACUUAUGGCUGUGGUGCACUUAAAGCUGCAGGACGCCCUGCGCUUCCUCGUGCAGAAUUCGCUGCUCGGCUUCACUCAGCUGGUGUUAAACGCUUGCCACAGCGUUCUGACAUGUCCUCGGGACCUGGCCUGGGGGAACAGCCUCAUCACCAGCCCCUACAAGCCACAGAAGAACCCUCUGUUCCUGGUGGACUUGGUUCUGAAUCAGACUGGGGUGCAUUACAGCACUCCCCUGGAGGAUUUUGAGACAUCUCUAGUCAACCUGUUUGAUAAGGCCAUUCAGGCCACAUAUCACAUACCACAGCCUGAGGAGUUUGUGAUGCAGAAGUUGCUCAUCAGUGGCGGUCCGGUGCUCUAUUCUGUGAAUUUAUUUGAACCAGAAGUAUCUGAGCUGCGCGAGAAGGUCCGCAAUGCUCUGAUACAAGCAGCCAUACCUCUCAGGGCUUAUGCUGCCGAAUAUGAGAAACACUUGGAGUUACACAACUUGGACGUUGAGAUCCUGCUCCAAUCUCAUACGCAUGCAGAACAGACCUCUGAAGAGGUGAAGAAAGAGGUGGAACAAAAUCUCAAAGACAAGGAAAUUCUUGAGAGCUCUCUUCCAUCCUCCCUUGUCAUUGGUCCAUUUCUUGUCCGUGUAGAGGCUGUACGCCAGGCUCUCUCUAACAAAAGAAAGGCUUUGGGCAAUGCAAUGCUGGAGCACUUUACUCGGAAGCUACGCAAACAAAUUGAUAAUGCCUGUGAAGAGUGCAGCAGAACGAAUAGAAAGUUAUGUGAAAGGGUCAACAGCAUUGACGAGCUGGCUGAAAAGAGGGAGUGGAUGAAGCAAAUCCCGAAAGAACUCAAGAGUUACAAGGAAGUUGUUGGCAAGACACUGUCAGACUAUGAGGUAGUAGAAGAACUUUUCCACAGUCUUUCAAAUGAGGAUUGUAACCAAAAGUGGACAGCUAUUAAGUGGCCUGAAAAGAUAAUCAACCAGAUGGAAGCAGUAGCCGUGCAGCAUGAGGAGGACGAGGCGCGCUUCUACAAGAUCCAGCUGAUUGACCAGGACAACUUAGAGGAAUACCUAGACUCUCUAAAGAUACUGGUUGCUGGGUUUGCGGGUCAAACAGACAUGGAACAUGCCCAUGAGAUUGCCAAUAAGGUAAGGCAUGUAAGCAAGCAACUUAAGGAGUGUCAGACAAUGGCUCAAACCUACAACACCAGGGAACGACUGUUAGGUCUUCCUGUCACUAAUUAUGAUCGUCUGCAGAAGCUUAUCAAGGACUUCCAGCCUUUUAAAGAUCUGUGGACGACGACCUCUGAUUGGCUUUGUUGGCAUGAGAACUGGCUCAAUGACCCACUGUCUUCCAUAGACCCCGAGCAGCUUGAGUGCAAUGUUACAGAUGCCUACAGGUCCAUGCACAAAUGCAUUAAACUGUUCAAGGACAUUCCUGAGUGCCAGAUGGUGGCAACUAUAAUCCACAGCCAGAUUGAGGACUUCCAUCCCUCUAUUCAUCUGAUUCAGGGCCUGAGGAACCCGAGGAUGAAAAGCCGCCACUGGGAGGUCCUUUCCGAACGCCUUCAGAUGAAUGUCAGGCCCAAAGCCAACCUGACCUUAUCUCACUUCCUGGAGCUCGGUCUCCAGAACCACGUGGAUGACAUUACUCAUGUGGCUGAGGUAGCUGGGAAGGAGUACGCCAUUGAACAGGCCCUGGAAAAGAUGGAACAAGAGCUGUCGGCAAUAGUCUUUGAUGUGUUGCCCUACAAGGACACGGGCACCUACAUAUUGAAGAGCCUAGAUGACGUAUUGCAGUUACUGGAUGACCACAUUGUCAUGACGCAGAGCUUGUCCUUCUCUCCAUUCAAAAAAACCUUUGAGGACCGUAUCAACACCUGGGAGAGCAAGCUCAGAAUGACAAAAGAUGUGCUGGAGGAGUGGCUGACAUGCCAGCGUUCCUGGCUCUACUUGGAGCCCAUCUUUAGCUCUGAUGAUAUCAACCAGCAGCUGCCUGUGGAGGGAAAAAGAUACCAGCUAAUGUACCAAACAUGGAGGGGCAUCAUGCAAAGCGCAUCCAAUAAUCGAAAUGUGAUUGAGCUGUGUCAAGAUGACUACCUACUAGUCAAACUGAAAAGGUGCAACACGCAGUUGGAAAGGGUGCAGAAGGGUCUCAGUGAAUACUUGGAGAAGAAACGAGGAUCCUUCCCCAGGUUUUACUUCCUGUCAGAUGAUGAGCUCCUGGAGAUUCUGUCCCAGACCAAAGAUCCUACUGCUGUACAACCGCACUUGCGCAAAUGCUUUGAGAACAUCGCAAGGCUUCAAUUCCAGCCCGAUCUACAGAUCACACAUAUGUACUCUGGAGAAGGAGAGGAGGUGAAGCUGUCACUGCCAGUGUGGCCCACUGGAAAUGUGGAGGACUGGCUCAGGGACGUCGAGAAAUCUAUGAAGGCCACACUGAGGGACAACAUUGACCGCUCACUCAAAGUCUAUCCAGAGCAACCUCGUGUAGAGUGGGUGUUAUCGUGGCCCGGUCAAGUGGUGAUAGCUGGCUGUCAGGUCUUCUGGACUUCUGAGGUGUCUGAGGCCUUGGAGCAGGGAGACUUGUCCAACCGCCUUUAUCCCCAACUACAGAAACAGCUUGGCGACUUGGUGCAGCUGGUGAGAGGACGUCUGUCUAAGAUGCAGCGAGCUGUGCUGUCUGCCCUUAUCGUCAUAGAGGUCCAUGCUAAGGAUGUUGCGGCCAAACUGGUGGAGCAGGAAGUCUCAAGCGUCAAUGACUUUGAGUGGAUCAGCCAGCUCAGAUAUUACUGGGCAAAAGGUGACCUGUACACCCGCGCAGUGAAUGCAGAGUUUUUGUAUGGAUACGAGUACCUUGGUAACUCCGGACGUCUGGUCAUCACCCCACUCACUGACAGAUGCUACCUGACCCUAACAGGAGCUCUACACCUGAAGUUUGGAGGAGCUCCUGCAGGUCCAGCAGGGACAGGAAAGACCGAAACCACUAAAGAUCUGGGAAAGGCUCUGGCUAUCCAGACAGUUGUUUUCAACUGCUCUGAUCAGCUGGACUUCAUGGCUAUGGGCAAGUUUCUCAAAGGACUGGCCAGCUCUGGGGCCUGGGCAUGCUUUGAUGAGUUUAAUCGCAUUGACGUGGAAGUGCUGUCUGUGGUGGCACAACAGAUCACCACGAUACAAAAGGCCCAGCAGCAAAGGGCAGAGAGGUUUGUGUUUGAGGGGACAGAGAUCCCUCUCGUCCCUUCGUGCGCUGUAUUCAUCACUAUGAAUCCUGGUUACGCUGGACGCACUGAACUGCCUGACAAUCUCAAGGCACUGUUUCGUCCUGUGGCCAUGAUGGUGCCUGACUAUGCUAUGAUAGCCGAGAUCUCCUUGUACUCGUUUGGCUUCAGUGAUGCCAAAGUCCUCUCCAAGAAGAUCACCACCACCUUCAAGCUCUCCUCAGAGCAGCUCAGCGCUCAGGACCAUUAUGACUUUGGUAUGAGAGCUGUGAAGACUGUGAUCUCAGCUGCUGGAAACCUGAAGAGAGAAAAUCCCGACAUGAACGAGGAGUUGAUCUGUCUUCGAGCCAUUCAAGAUGUCAACGUGCCGAAGUUUUUACAGGAGGACCUGAAGCUCUUCAACGGCAUUGUGUCCGACCUUUUCCCUAAAACAAAACAGGAGCCAAUCAACUAUGGCACACUCGAAGAGUCCAUGCGUAAUGUCUGCACCAAGAAAAACCUCAAAGAUGUGGACGGGUAUAUAAGUAAGUGUAUCCAGCUGUAUGAGACGACUGUGGUGAGACAUGGCCUGAUGUUGGUUGGACCCUCUGGAUCAGGCAAAACCAAGUGUUAUGAGAUUCUAGGGGAGGCGAUAACAGCUCUGAAGGGCCAGCCCUCUGUGAGUGGGGGGGUGUAUGAGGCGGUUCAGAUGCAUGUCCUCAACCCCAAGUCCAUCACUAUGGGACAGCUCUACGGGGAGUAUGACUUGCUCACACAUGAGUGGAUGGAUGGUAUCCUCUCAUCUGUUAUCCGUCGAGGUGCAUCAUCCAUGGACAGUGAGAGAAAGUGGUACAUGUUUGAUGGGCCAGUGGAUGCUGUAUGGAUUGAGAACAUGAACACUGUGCUGGAUGACAACAAAAAACUGUGCCUCAGCUCUGGGGAAAUCAUCAAGCUCACGGACGUGAUGACCAUGAUGUUUGAGGUGCAAGACCUGGCGGUGGCAUCUCCAGCCACAGUGUCUCGCUGUGGCAUGGUCUACCUGGAGCCCAGUAUCCUGGGCCUCGUCCCUUUUACAGAGUGUUGGCUGAGGCGAGUCCCUAAAGCCCUGAAAGCGUUCACAGAGCAACUCGACUCCCUCUUUGCCAGGUUCCUACAGGACUCCGUCACAUUUGUCCGCACAUCAGUAAAGGAGGUCAUCACCUCUCUGGACAGCAACCUAACCUGCAGUCUGCUUAAACUUAUGGACUGCUUCUUCAACCCAUACGUCAUGAAAGAGGGUGUGAGGCCACCACCCCAGAAUAAAUUGGACCGUCUGAAGGAGCUGAUUGAGCCCUGGUUCUUUUUCUCUCUGGUGUGGAGUGUGGGAGGCACAGGAGACGCAGACAGCUGUAAGCGCUUCAGUGCCUGGCUCAAGGAGAAGAUGGCAGAGGAAGAGAUUCAGUUGUGCUUUCCAGAGGAGGGACUGGUGUACGACUACGCUCUGGAUGAUGCAGGGAUUAGUAGCUUUGAGGAUGACGAGGAAAACGAGGAAAGAAAAGUCCAGUGGGUCAGCUGGAUGAAAUCUGCGAAGAGUGUUGUAAUCACCCCGGAGACACAUUAUGCUGACAUCAUCGUUCCCACUGCUGACACAGUGAGAAUGUCUUUCCUCAUGGAUAUGCUUUUGACCAAUAAGAAACCAGUGCUCUGCAUUGGGCCAACGGGCACAGGAAAGACCCUGACCAUGUCAGACAAGCUGCUGAAGAACAUGCCUGCUGAAUACAUCACACACUUCCUCAUGUUCUCUGCCCGCACCUCAGCCAACCAGACUCAAGAUUAUAUCGACAGUAAGCUGGACAAAAGGAGGAAAGGUGUGUUUGGACCUCCAAUGGGGAAGCACUUCAUCUUGUUCAUUGAUGACCUAAACAUGCCCAUGUUGGAGACUUAUGGUGCUCAGCCUCCUAUUGAACUGCUGAGGCAGUGGAUGGACCAUGGAGGCUGGUAUGACCGGAAACAGAUAGGGACAUUCAAGCACGUAGUGGAUAUCAAUUUUGCCUGUGCCAUGGGACCCCCGGGUGGAGGCCGGAACCCCAUCACCCAGCGCUUCACACGCCAUUUCAACUUCCUGUCCUUCACUGAAAUGGAAGAUGCCAGCAAGAAAAUGAUUUUCUCCACCAUUCUGGGCAGCUGGAUGGAUGGGAAUAUGAGUAACAAGGAACCAGGCAGACCUGUGCCAGUAAUCCAGCCGCUGAAUGAGCCGCUUGUAGACGCUACGAUCAGAGUGUACUCCACCAUUACCUCCCAGCUCCUCCCAACUCCAGCCAAGUCCCAUUACACCUUUAACCUCAGAGACCUGUCCAAAGUCUUCCAGGGCGUCCUGAUGGCUGAGGCUGGAAUGAUAGAGGACAAAUUGCAGCUGCUGCAGCUGUGGUACCACGAAAGCUGUCGGGUUUUCCAAGAUCGCCUGGUGUGUGCGGAGGACAGGGACUGGUUCAGCAGGCUCCUGAAGGACUGCAUUCAGGAGUUUGACUGCAGCUUCGAAGAGGCUGUAACCUGCCAACCGGUUUUGUAUGGAGAUUUCAUGAUUCCUGGAGCUGAUCCCAAGGUCUACACGCUCAUAGAAGACAAGGACAAAUUGGUGAAAGAGAUGGAUGAGUACAUGGAAGACUACAGCCAUAUCAGUACCACCAAGAUGAAGCUGGUGCUCUUCAUGGAUGCCAUUGAGCACGUGUGCCGUAUUUGCCGCAUCCUCCGCCAGCCUCUGGGCAAUGCCCUGCUGCUCGGGGUGGGGGGCAGCGGGCGGCAGUCUCUCACUAAACUGGCCUCAUAUAUAUCAGAAUAUGAGUGUUUCCAGAUUGAGCUGUCAAAGAACUACGAUCAGACAGAGUGGAGAGAAGAUAUUAAAAGCAUCAUGCUGAAGGCCGGCCUUCAGAACCAGAACAUCACCUUUCUCUUUGUAGACACACAGAUUAAGAGUGAGUCAUUCCUGGAGGAUAUCAACAACAUUUUGAACUCCGGGGAUGUUCCCAAUCUGUAUGCAUCAGACGAGCAGGAGCGCAUCCUGGCAGCCAUGAAGCCAGUGGUGCAAGACCUGGGCCAACCGCCAACUAAAGCCAACCUCAUGGCUGCCUACAUCAGGAGGGUCCGCAGCAACAUCCACACCGUACUCUGCAUGAGUCCCAUCGGUGAGGUGUUUCGUGCGCGGCUGAGGCAGUUUCCCUCACUGGUGACGUGUUGCACCAUCGACUGGUUCAGUGCCUGGCCAGAGGAGGCUCUGCAGGCUGUGGCCACAUCCUUUAUGAAUGACCUGCCUGAGCUGGAGGCCAACCCCACAGUCAUGAGGGGACUGACAUCGAUGUGUGUAAAGAUCCACCAGAUGGUAGCCAGGAAGUGUGAACAUUACCUGGCUGAGCUUUCUCGACACAACUAUGUCACACCCAAAAGCUACCUGGAACUGCUCAAAAUGUUCUCAGAUCUCAUUGGACGCAAGAAGCUAGAACUCAGCGGUGCACGCCAGCGCAUGAAGACCGGCCUGGACAAGCUUCUUAGCACGGCGGAGGAUGUGAGUAAGAUGCAGGAGGAGCUGGAGACGAUGAGGCCUCUUUUGGAGGAGGCCGCUAAGGACACUGAAGUCACUAUGGAGACCAUCAAAAAAGACACAGUGGUUGCAGAGGAGACCCGGAAGUCAGUGCAAGUAGAGGAAGCGAAGGCUUCAGAGAAAGCCUGUUUUGCAGGAGCCAUCGCAGCGGACGCCCAGAGAGACUUGAAGGAGGCUCUGCCAGCCCUGGACGAUGCCCUCGCCAGCCUCCAGUCGCUCAACAAGAGUGACGUCACCGAGGUUCGAGCCUUGCAGCGACCUCCCAAGGGGGUGAAUCUGGUUAUGGAGGCGGUGUGCAUUAUGAAGGGGAUCAAACCCAAAAGGGUACCUGGAGAGAAGCCUGGCACCAAGAUCGAUGACUACUGGGAAGCUGGUAAAGGUCUGCUACAAGACCCCGGCAAGUUUCUGGAGAGCCUCUUCAAGUAUGAUAAGGAAAACAUCCCAGAUAGCGUGAUCCAUCUAGUCCAGCCCUACAUAGAUAAUGAAGAAUUCCAGCCAGCCUCCAUUGCCAAGGUUUCCAAAGCCUGUACCUCGAUUUGCCAGUGGGUGCGAGCGAUGCAUAAAUAUCACUUUGUGGCCAAGGGUGUAGAACCGAAAAGGCAAGCUCUCAAGGAGGCCCAGGAGGACUUAGCGGUCACCCAGUGCAUCUUGGAUGAUGCCAAGGAAAAGCUGGCAACGGUGGAGGCCGGCGUCGCCACUUUGCAGGCCAAGUACCAGGACUGUCUGGCUAAGAAAGAUGAACUGGACAACAAGUAUCAACUGUGUGAGGCCCGCCUCGUUCGAGCAGACAAGCUUAUUGGUGGACUGGCAGAUGAGAAGUUGCGAUGGAAGGAAACAGUGCAACAUCUGGAUUACAUGGUCCAUAAUGUGGCGGGCGAUGUACUUCUGUCUGCAGGAUACGUCGCAUACCUGGGGCCUUUCACUGGAGAGUACAGGGCAGCCAUGGCAGAGGAGAUGCUGCAGUGUUUCAAAGAGCUUAGUGUUCCACACACUGAGGAACCCAACAUGAUCAACACCCUCGGCGAUCCAGUCAAGAUCCGUUCCUGGCAGAUAUCAGGUUUGCCCAGAGAUAACCUAUCAGUGGAGAAUGGUGUGAUUGCCCAAUACUCUCUGCGCUGGGCUUUAUUCAUUGAUCCCCAGGGACAAGCCAACAAAUGGAUCAAAAAGAUGGAGCAGGACAAUGGAUUGGAGGUCAUGAAGCUAAGUGACCGGGACUUCCUGCGCAGUCUUGAGAACGCCAUUAGCUGUGGUAAACCCUGCCUCUUGGAGAAUAUAGGAGAGGAGUUAGAUCCUGCUCUAGAACCUGUCUUGCUGAAGCAGACAUUUAAGCAUCAAGGUAGCACAGCGCUGAAGCUCGGGGAUUCAGUCAUCUUUUACCAUGAAAACUUCAAGAUGUACAUCACCACGAAGCUGCCGAACCCACACUACUCUCCAGAGGUCUCCACCAAAGUCACCCUCAUUAACUUCACCCUGUCACCCAGUGGUCUGGAGGACCAGUUGCUGGGCCAGGUGGUGGCUGAAGAACGUCCAGACCUGGAGGAGGCUAAGAACCAGCUGAUCAUCAGCAACGCCAAGAUGAAACAGGAGCUGAAAGAAAUUGAAGAUGAGAUCCUGUUCCGACUCAGCCACACAGAGGGAAACCCUGUGGACAAUGAGGAGCUCAUCCAAGUGUUGGGGGCUUCCAAGAUUAAAGCUGGAGAAAUCAAGGCCAAAGUGAUGGUGGCGGAGAAGACGGAGCAGGACAUUGACGCCACCCGUCUGGAGUAUGUGCCGGUGGCAGUGCGCACUCAGAUCCUCUUCUUCUGUGUAUCGGACCUGUCCAAUGUUGACCCCAUGUACCAGUACUCACUGGAGUGGUUCCUUGGCAUCUUCAUGGCUGGCAUUGCCAAUUCUGAGAAAGCAGACACAGUGGAGAAGAGAAUCGCCAACAUCAAUGAGUUUUUCACCUUCAGCCUGUACAGCAAUGUGUCCCGCAGCUUGUUUGAGAAGAACAAACUCAUGUUCGCCUUUCUCCUCUGCGCUCGCAUCAUGAUGAAUGAGAACAAAAUUGAUAUGACGGACUGGCGCUACCUCCUUUCUGGAGGGAUGCCUGUCCGAGAGAUGACCAACCCGGCAGUGAGUUGGCUGUCGGAGCGCGCCUGGCAGGACAUGCUGGGCCUCAGCGCUCUGGACCACUUCAACAACCUGGCAGAGAGCUUCACCGAACAUCUGCAGGGUUUCAAGAGAAUCUUUGACAGCAACCAGCCUCACAGGGAGCCUCUCCCUGGAGAGUGGGACACCAAGCUGGACUCAUUCCAGAAGCUGCUGGUCCUGCGCUGUCUGAGGGCGGACUGUCUUGUUCAAGGCCUGCAGGACUUUGUCUCAGCUCAGCUGGGACAACGCUUCGUUGAGCCUCAGACGUCAGACCUGUCCGUGGUCUUCGCGGAGUCGUCCCCCUCCACUCCCCUCAUCUUUGUCCUGUCCCCUGGUACCGACCCUGCUGCUGACCUCUACAAGUUUGCUGAUGUCAUGCAGUUCUCCAAGAAGAUGAGGGCCAUCUCUCUGGGCCAGGGCCAGGGCCCGUGGGCUGAGAUGCUGUUGCACUCUGCCUUGGAGGAAGGUCAGUGGGUCUUUUUCCAGAACUGUCACCUGGCGCCCAGCUGGAUGCCCUCCCUGGAGAGACUGAUUGAAAACAUCAACCCAGAAAAGGUGCACAAGGACUUCCGUCUGUGGCUCACAAGUCUUCCCAGCAACAAGUUCCCGGUGUCCAUUCUCCAAAAUGGGUCAAAGAUGACCAUUGAGCCUCCCAAGGGAAUCAAGGCCAAUCUUCAGAAAACGUACCUAAGGCUCACCAAUGAUUUCAUCUCCUCUUCCACCAAGACCGCCCUCCUCAAGCCUCUGCUCCUGUCCCUGUGUCUCUUCCAUGGUAUUGCUCUGGAACGAAGGAAGUUUGGCCCACUGGGCUUCAACAUUGCCUACGGGUUCACAGACGGAGACCUGAACAUCUGCAUCAGCCAAUUGAAAAUGUUCCUGGACGAGUACCAGGACGUCCCGUACAAGGUGCUAAAAUAUACUGCAGGGGAGAUUAAUUAUGGCGGCCGCAUCACAGAUGACUGGGACAGACGGUGUCUGCUCAAUGUGCUGGAGGAUUUCUACUGUCCCGCUGUACUUAAGGAAGACCAUGUCUACUCUUCAUCUGGAGUCUACCGGCAGAUCGACACCAAUCUGGACCUCAAGGGUUACUUGGCAUUCAUUCGUGGUUUGCCCAUCAACGAUACACCGGAGAUCUUUGGUCUCCAUGACAACGCCAACAUCAGCUUUGCCCAGAAUGAGACCUUCGCCCUGCUGGGAGCCGUUGUCCGCCUCCAGCCCCGAGCUGUAUCCGCUGGGGGCAAAACCCUGGAGGAGAGAGUGGAGGAGAUCGUGGCGGGCAUCGUUGAAAAGAUUCCUCAGCCUUUCAGUGUUCAGGAGGUGAUGGAAAAGUACCCGUUCCUCUAUGAAGAGUCCAUGAACACAGUGCUCAUCCAGGAGGUCAUCAGAUACAACACGCUGCUGGAAGUCAUCUCUCAGAGUCUCAGUGACAUCGUGAAGGCUCUGAAGGGUUUAGUGGUGAUGUCAUCACAACUGGAGCUUAUGGCCAACAGCCUGUUCAACAAUGUGGUGCCUGACAUGUGGAAAGCCAAUGCAUACCCGUCCCUAAAGCCUCUGGCCUCCUGGGUGUCAGACCUGCUGCAGAGGAUCAGUUUCCUCCAGAGAUGGAUCCAUGAUGGCAUUCCACCUGUUUUCUGGAUUAGCGGCUUCUUCUUCCCCCAGGCUUUUCUCACAGGAACCCUCCAGAAUUACGCCCGUCGCUCCGGCACCUCCAUCGACACAAUUGGAUUUGACUUUGAGGUAUUAGUAAAGUCAGCGUCAGAGAUAACAGAGAAACCAAACGCAGGGUGCUACAUCCAAGGUCUAUUCCUGGAAGGGGCUUGCUGGGACAACCAAGCAGGUCAACUCAUGGAGUCCAGGCCCAAGGAGCUGCACACAGAAAUGUCCGUCAUCUGGCUGAUCCCCAAACCCAAUCGCAAAGCUCCAACCUCUGGGGUCUACAUCUGCCCCAUCUACAAGACCCUGACACGUGCCGGGACGUUAUCCACAACCGGUCAUUCCACCAACUACGUGAUGGCGGUGGAACUGCCUACAGAUCACAGCCAGAAACACUGGAUCAAACGGGGAGUCGCCCUCAUCUGCGCACUGGACUACUAA